AUGACAUUCUCAAUCGUUUUAGUUAAAUUAAUAAAAAUCAUCCUCUUUCAAAGAUCACCGUCCCAAAGAUAUUUAUUUAAAUUUAUUUUAAAAUUUUAUCUUCGUGUUCAACAAGGUGGUUUAAACACAUCACAUUUAACAACAACAAUGUCAACAGAACAAUAUAGUAAAGGAUUAGCAGGAGUAUUUGUAGCAGAGUCUGCUAUUUGUACGGUUGGAGUCAAGGGAGUAGGAUUAAACUACAGAGGAUAUGAUAUUAAAGAGUUGGCUGCACAGUCUACCUUUGAAGAGGUUGCCUAUCUAAUGAUCUAUGGUCGUUUACCAACCGAACAAGAAUUGGUUGCCUACAUUCGUACUCUAUCAUCACUUCGUCAACUCCCGGGUGCAUUGUGUGAUGUAUUAGAACGUAUUCCUUCAUCUGCUCAUCCAAUGGAUGUACUUCGUACUGGUUGUUCUUUAUUAGGUACAUUAGAACCAGAAAGUAAAACAAAUGAUCAAUAUCAAAUUGCUAAUAGAUUGAUAGCAUUAUUUGGAUCAAUGUUGUUGUAUUGGUAUCAUUGGACUACAUCGGGCAAGAGAAUUCAAACCACCACACAUCAAGAUGACUCGACAGCUAGAAACUUUCUCAAACUAUUGAGACUUGACGGACAAGAACCACCAGCCCUUCACGUUAAAGUGGUCGAUGUUUCUUUGAUUUUGUACGCGGAGCAUGACUUGGCUGCCAGUUCUUUCUGUGCUCGUGUCACAACCUCUACAUUGACCGAUUUCUACUCUGGUAUUUGUUCUGCCAUCGGUACUCUUAGAGGUCCACUUCACGGUGGUGCAAAUGAAGCUGCUAUGAAAUUAUUAGAACAAUUUAAUAAUCCUCAAGAUGCUGAAACUGGUAUUAUGAAAAUGUUAUCAAAUAAAGAAUUAAUAAUGGGAUUUGGACAUAGAGUAUAUCGUAAUGGUGAUCCAAGAAACCCAAUUAUUAAAGAAUGGUCAAAGAAAUUAAGUCAAGAAGAGGGAGGUGAUCCCAACUUGUUUGCAGUGAGCGAACGUGUAGAACAAGUUGUAUUUAGAGAGAAAAAGAUGUUCCCCAACCUUGACUUUUACAGUGCCUCUGCCUACAAUCAAGUUGGUAUCCCAACACUCUUUUUUACUCCAGUGUUUGUCAUUUCUCGUACCACUGGUUGGGCCGCCCAUAUUAUCGAACAACGUGCCAACAACAAACUAAUCCGUCCAUCUGCCAUUUAUACUGGUCCAGAUUCAAGACCAUACAUUCCAUUAAAAGAUAGAAAAUCAGAAAGAAAAUCUUCUCUUUAA